AUGCCGGCGUUACGCGUGGACUCUGACCUCAGCCCGUCUCGCGCCUCACGUAACGCGCACGAGCGUCAGCGCGCUAGCGAGCAAAACGACAUCAUCGCCAUCCUGAAGGGCCACGUCUUCCGGAUCAACCCCGAGCUGAGCCGCAAGCACAAAUUUGUCAAGAGAGACGUUCUCUUACACGGGAUCAAAACGAUCCUUUAUCUCGAGCAAAAGUGCCGCGAUCAUGGAAUUAAACUACCAUUUAACAAUACCGCAAAGAGAUGCGACUCCCCCGACGAGCUGCGUCGUUUUGAGGGCAAAUUGCCGACGGAGCGCAGAAGUGAGCUUGUUCCGCACGGGGUCGAGGAUGAGGAGGAUUAUGAGGAUGGGGACGAUUCAGAGGAGGACGAGGAGGACUCGCGCAGCCGCCAAAACUCGUCGGCGAGCCGGAAGCGGGGCAGGGAGGAAGACCGAAGCGUAACCUCCCGGGGCUCCUCCUACUCCCCCGGCGCGCCGAACCCCAAAAAGCGCAACUCUGAUACGACGUCGGGAGCGAAGCUUUUCAAAAAAAGUUGCCGCAUCGUCGUCGGAAGCUACGCGGCUGAACGCGCGGCGAAAAAGAAGGGAACCACAGAGGAAGAUGUGGACCCGGAAAUGGAAGAUGUGGAGCUUGGCCUAGCUAUAGAUACCUUUGAAAAGUGCAAGCAUCAGCUCGCCUACGAUGAGGUGCGUGACGGGUGCGCCAAGAUGCGAUGCGUACAUUUUUGGCAGCUAAAUCGGCUCCAGAACGAGCAGCUGGCCAAGGGCACCGGGGAGGAGUUGGUCAAGUAUAUGCUAACGAGCACUGAAGGCGAAUGCGCAGCCGCCAGGGAUCGAGCGCGCCAUGAGCAAGACACCGAGCAUGAGGCUUCUCUAUCGCCUGCACCAGAAUUGGUGGCCGAGGACAAGAUUCUACGCCCGCCCGAAUCUCUA